AUGCCAUGGAAAUCUGUCUAUAAAAAUAAGAAGGAAUGUAAAACUGAACGUACAUUAGUUCUUCUUUUGGGUGGUUCAAUUUAUGAUGAUGAUCUUGAUAUUCAAAUUGCUAAUCGACGGCGUCGUGGAGACGACCGUUUUCGUACAAAACAAGAUGUUCACUUGGACGAACAUCUAUGGCAACGUGAUUGUCGUGCUAUAACAGAAUUUUUCGAACGAACACAUGCCACUAUAUGGCGUUCUGUGCCUGCACGUCUUCGUUCUUCUCGAAAUGAAUCAUUUGAUCUCAUAAAUGAAUUCUUUCAAAUGAAUAGGAUUGAUAUUAAAGGCGAACGAACAACAUUUAUUCUCUACUGGGGUGGUCAUGGAAUAAAAGAUACAGGUAAUUGGGGAUUUUCUUCUGGUGGUGAAAUCACUUGUCGUGAUGUGAUUAAUGCUUGGUAUGCUCGUCCGUUUGCUGACGAUUUUAAUGAUACGUCAUCGUUGACAAUUAUUGCAGAUACAUGUUAUUCAGGUGCAUGGAUCGAGACACUUAGAACAGAAAACAUUCCACGUCUGGCUUAUCAAGCAGCAAGUCGAGCUGACGAAGUUGCAUAUGUUAUUAACGAUGGCAAUAUUCCGCGAAGUUUACUGAUGCGAAAAUUUAUUAUUGAACAACAAUAUCCUAUUGGUUGGUAUUUAUGGACGUGUAUUGAUCAACAUCCGACGCAUUUGUGUGAUUAUGGUGAAAUAGAAGAUGGUGAAGAUUUCUGUGCUGGUCAACAACGAACAUUAGUUCACGGUGGUCCCUAUUACUUUUUUACAGUUCAGCGGCAUUGGACAACGAAUGGGAAAAUAUCAACUAAAGAACGUAAAGCUGAACUGAACAAAUUAGCUGAGUAUGGCGUAUUUAUUGAUAAUAAUUGA